AUGUCUCCUCCAAAGUCCUCAUCGGGUAAAACCGUGAAACCUUUGAUUCUGGGUGUUUAUGGUCCCCAUCAACCGUCAAUUCUCUCUGCGGAGAAUAUAGCUGAGUUUAGAGGAUCUACCGGGAUUCCGCCUGAGAUUGAGAUCAGGUUCCCGGAAGCUCAUGAAUCUCUGGAGAAUCCUCCUCCGGGCUACGGUUGCGCGUUUGAGAUAUUUUUCUCUGCGUGCGGACUAUCGUUCCCCCUUCCUGAACUCAUCGUAAAGAUGAUGUUCGAACUGGGCUUUGCUCUCCCCCAGAAGUGCCCGAACUUCGUUCGAACCGUAAUGUGUCUCCAGACUCUGGGGGAGCAGUUUGAUUACAAGCUAUCCCUGGCCGACUUUCUUCAGGUUUACACGGUGAAAACAGGUCGUACCAAGGGCACGCUUUACGUCAAUCCGCUCUCCGGGCUGAAGGUCUUUGAUGACCUUCCCGAGAAGGACGAGAAAUGGCGGAAGUCUUACUUCUUUUUCCCGGUUAACGAACUCACCUUUGGUCACCUCUCGAUUUCCAUCUCAGAUUACUUCGAGUGCGGGUUGAUUUGCCCUAUCUUUUGCGAGAUUUUCUCGAGGUUCUGCAGCCAGGGCCAGAUCGCCUGGGAUUCCUUUUCGUGUGAAAGGAUUAGGGAGUCCACGGUGAGGCUCAGAGGACGUUCUCUCGUUUGCUCCGACCCCAUAAGCACUUCGGAGAUGAACUAUAGAGAAGAAAGGGCUUGUCGACUUGCUGAGAAGGAGGCAAAGCUAAACAUGGCGGCGGCUCUUGCCGAGGGCAAAGCUCGCCUUCCUACCAAGAAGUCUGGUUCGUCCGCCCCUGAGGUAGGCGGGACUCCCGCAUCCCCUGCUGGCCCUUUCGAGCUCCUCGCAGGUGCAACCGAUCCGUCCGAACCUCUCGUGAUUGUCAUAGCUGAUUCUAGUGACGAGCCACGGGAGAUCGCAGCUCCCCCCGUCAGCAAAGAAGCCUUCUGGUGGAGUCAGCUCCCAGCGAACUGA